AAGGAUCGAUGAGAAGCAAAGCCGGCGCCGGAGCUCGACGGUACAACAAAUCAGAGGUUCCACGUUUGAAAUGGACUCCUCAGCUUCACCGCCACUUUGUUCAAGCCGUGGAUCUCCUUGGUGGAAGAUACAAAGCAACGCCAAAGAGAAUACUGCAGAUGAUGACUACUGUAAACGGGCUCAGCAUUUCCCAUAUCAAAAGCCAUCUUCAGAUGUACCGAAGCUGCACAGAUAGCAACUUGCGCUUAAGAAGAUCACGCCUUGAAGACAGUUUCAACGCUGGACUCUUCUCAAAUCUCUCAUCAUCUAACAGAGUAGAAGGAUCUGAACACAAAGAUCGGAAAAGCAGUCAUAGCCAUUCACAAGUGGAAGAAGCAGCUAAGCUCCUUGAGCAUCAGCAGGAUACAUACGCAUGCUUUGUUGGUAAAAAGUUAGAAGAUGAAGAGGAUGGAGAAGUUUGUGAGCUAUCUCUAUGCACCUCAAGAUAUGAUGAGAAAGGCUACUUUCUUGGGCGUCCAACUUUCAUAAGGACUUCAAACUUUUCCAACAAUCACAUUAAUUUGGACUUAACCAUCUCCACCACAUUUCCCAAUUGAUCAUCACUUUUUGUUUUAGUAUACU